AUGGAACUUCGUCGCUCUCGUCGCCCGCGUGCAUCUCUGGAGGAACCCCCAGAUAUCGAAGCUAACAUGGGCACCAGAUCUACAAGAAUCACUCGUGCUUCUGCCGCUGCACCUUCAGCAUCAGUGACAGUCUCCCGAUCUUCUGAGGACCCACCUGGAGAGGCUACCAGAACUCUCCGUCUUACUGUAAAAAUGCCCGCUGGAAAGUUGCGCGAGGCCACAGGUGGCCGUGCCGCUCGCCGCACUGUCAAUGUCUUCCAAGAGAAUCCCAUCGUGAUAGGGCCGCGAACUAGUCGCAAUAAGAGGAAGAUUGUCGAAGUCCCCACAUCUGAUGAUGAUGAUGACGACGACGACGACCUUGAAGACCAAGAAGAAGACGAGGUCGAUGACGAGGAUGCUCCUGGAGAAGAUGAUGACGAGGACGCCGAUGCCGACGGUGACAUCGACAUGGAUGAUGUCCCCCCUCAGCCGCCGGUGAGGCGAGCCACGAAAGCAGCCGCCCCUCGUGGAAAGGCCGCUAAAAGCGUCGAGGCGAAGGAGAUGGAGUUAGACGAGGAAGAGGAAGAGGAGGAUGAGGUCGACGAGGACGAAGACGAUGAGGCUUUGUCUGACACUGACACCGAUGCUGAGGGUGAAAUCGACGACCAAGAAGAGAGUGCCAUUCCAGAUGUCAAUGUUGAUGACCUUGAUGAGGAGGAUGAGGAAGAUGAGCUGGAUGAAGACAUGGAGGACAGCGAUGCGAUGGCCUUGAACAGUGGCAAAACUACCAAGCGCCAACGCGGCAACCUUGGUAACGAUUUCCUACAACUUCCUAUGGAACCUCAAGUGAAGAAGCACCUUACAGCCGAGGAGCGUGCCAUGCGUCGAGCCGAAAUGGCCCGCCGACGUAAGAACCUGAGUGAGAAGCGCAAUGAGGAGGAAAAGAUGGACACCAUCAACCGCCUUUUGAACAAACAGCCGCCCAAGCGCCGUGGAAGACAAGCCGCUGCCGAUGGCGCCGAGGCCACGCCCGCGGAUCAAGAACCUGCCGAGCCCGAGAAGGCCGAUCCAACUAUGGUCCGCUGGAUCAGCAAUAAAACUGGCUGCAGGGUCAAUGUGCCCGAGGAGUGGCUCGGUACCCCUGCUGGCCGGCUAUUUGGUGCACCCAUCGCUUCUGGAAAUGGCAAAAUGGUGGAGGAGAUCUAA